ACGAGACAGUCGAAACUAUUCCUACCAUGUUAUAAAAUUAAUGCAGAACUCAAAACUCAUAGAUUGUCGCCUAGUGCAGCAUUAUCUAUCCCGUCAUCCGAGCACCCAUGGCAACUCUCUAUUAAUCGUGGCUCCAAAGUUGUUGUGAUAGAUCUAAUGAACAAAUACAUAUCCAGUGUGUUCAAAUAUGCGUCGCAUGUUUCAAGAACGCACGACAAAUUCAUGUAUAUAUGACAAUCUCAAGUUUAGGUGGGAUUCUCAAUUUGUACAUCGAGUACUCGAUAACCAGUUUUAUCUAUUAUUAUAGAAUUUUUGUUGCUCCCUUUAUUAUCCAAGAUUUUACCCAAAUCAAAAUAUCAAAGCCCCAGUAGCCACAGAAAUUGUUACAUUUUCAUGGAAAAACAGAAGAUGAAAUCCAAAAAGGGCAACCCAGUAAGCCUGAAAAUCGUCAAAUCUUGUCUUCAAAUUCUCCAGUGAACCCUGGAAAGAAAAGACCAAAAUCCAAAAUAUAGUUACAUUACAGGCACUAAUGGCCUCAAUUCAGCUCCUUCAAGCUACUAUCCAUCCAUAUAUAACAUCAUACAAGGCCACAGCAUUAAAGGGUCUUGAGUCCUGCUCUACCAUGGCCGAGCUGAAACAAUACCACUCCCAAUUCAUUAAACUUGGACUCUCACUAGACAAUGAUGCUAUGGGGCGUGUUAUCAAAUUCUGUGCUAUCUCGAAACAGGGAGAAUUAAGUUAUGCCCUAAAGGUGUUCGACUGCUUGCCUAAUCCAGAUACGUUUGUUUAUAACACAAUCCUAAGAGGCUAUUCACAAUCAGUUUUAUAUGGAAAUGUAAUGGUUCUGUAUACUCAUAUGUUGGAAAGUUUUGUUAUGCCAAAUAAAUUUACUUUCCCUCCGGUUAUUAGAGCUUGUUGCAUUGACUUUGCUGUCAAAGAAGGAAUGCAAGUGCAUGCUCAAGUGAUAAAACUCGGGUUCGGAUCAGAUUCUUUCUGUCAAAAUAACUUGAUUCAUAUGUAUUUGAAUUUUAAUUGCCUGGAGAAUGCUAAAAGGCUGUUUGAUAAUUUGGAUAAGAAAGAUGAUGUUUCCUGGACUACAUUGAUUAGUGGAUAUUCUCAGCGGGGGUGUGUUGAUGAAGCCUUUGGGCUAUUUGAGUCAAUGCCGGUUCAAAACCCUGCUGCUUGGAAUGCUAUGAUAGCGGCUUAUGUGCAAAAUAACCGGUUCCAUGAGGCAUUUGAUUUGUUCGAUAGAAUGAGAAAAGCAAAUAUGUUGAUGGAUAAUUUUGUGGCUGCAAGUAUGCUGUCUGCCUGUACGAGAUUAGGAGCAUUGGAUAAAGGUGAGUGGAUACAUGAGUAUGUUAAGAAAUGUGGGGUUGAAGUGGACUCAAAGUUGGCAACGACGAUUAUUGACAUGUAUAGUAAAUGUGGUAGUCUUGACAAGGCUUUUGAGGUGUUCAAUGGAUUGCCAAGCAAAGGGAUUUCUUCUUGGAAUUGCAUGAUUGGAGGAUUGGCAAUGCAUGGUAAAGGCGAGGCCGCCAUUGAGCUUUUUAAGAAAAUGGAGAAAGAAAGUAACAUUACUCCCGAUUAUAUUACAUUUGUGAAUGUACUAAGUGCUUGUGCACAUUCAGGGCUUGUAGAAGAAGGGAGAUAUUAUUUCCGUUACAUGUCUGAAGUGUAUGGCAUCAAGCAUGGGAUGGAGCAUUAUGGAUGUCUAGUGGAUUUGCUUGGUAGAGCUGGAUUGCUAGAGGAAGCAAGGGAGGCAAUAAACGAGAUGCCUAUGAGGGCAGACGUGGGUGUUUUGGGUGCUCUUCUCGGGGCUUGUAGAAUCCAUGGCAAUAUUGAUUUGGGAGAGGAAAUAGGGAGGCAAGUGAUUGAACUCGAGCCUACCAAUAGUGGGCGUUAUGUGCUGUUGGCUAAUCUAUACGCCCGUGCUGGUAGAUGGGAAGAUGUAGCAAACAUUAGGAAGCUGAUGAAUGACCGAGGAGUUAAAAAGGCACCGGGGUGUUCUGCAAUCGAAUUGGAAGGUGCAGUUAAUGAGUUUAUUGCAGGAGGAAGGGCUCAUCCCGAAGCUAAAGAGACAUACGCAAAAGCUGAGGAAAUGUUGGAUUCCAUUAGAGCUGCUGGCUAUAUGCCGGACACUGAUGGGGUGUUGUAUGAUACCGGUGAGGAGGAACGAGAACAUCCGCUAUACUAUCAUAGUGAGAAAUUGGCCAUUGCUUUUGGGUUGUUAAAGACGAAGCCGUGCAAAGUUAUUCGCAUAACGAAGAACUUACGAAUCUGUAAAGACUGUCAUCAAGCCAGUAAGCUGAUCUCCAAGGUUUAUGAUCGAGAAAUCAUCAUAAGAGACAGGAAUCGCUUCCACCAUUUCAAAGCAGGAGAGUGUUCAUGCAAAGAUUACUGGUAAUUAAAAGUAGGUUCAGUGUACCAAUUUUGUAUUUACAUAUAUUCUUCUCAAUAGAAUAGAAAAUUGUACAUGAUUAUAUUUUGUAGUUGCAAGCACUCGAAGUAACUUCUAUUUUAUUGUCAAAAUAAGUAGUUUUUGUUACUUACGAGAAAAAAGAAACAUAUCCAAUAUAUCUGUGAACAUUGGCGGCAAUAGUCGAUAACAGAAGUAGUAGCACACUCACCAAUCGAACUGCGAUAGUAUUUGGGCAUAGGUUGUCAAUGGUUGCCACCAAAACCACCACAAAAAUUCUGUCAAACUGCAGCAAUGUACAAACUGGUGAAUGUUGGACGGCAAAACAUGCAUAACCUAGCAAGAAAAAAAACUAGAGAUUGAUUGCAAACAAAAUUAACACGUCAAGGCAUUCUCCUUUAAAAUUGUGCACGCUCGCAUUAUGAGCUUAUACGUCUGUCAAAACUUCAAUUCAUAAGUCUGAGAAAUAAAAACUAAUCAAAUACAAAACAUGUUCCUUUCUCUCUCCAGCAACUGGGGACCAACAUCUUCAUGUUAUAUCUUCAAU